AUGGCGGCUAUCAGUCUACGGAAAUCGGGCGUGAAACUUCAAGUUGAUGUUGGAGAAUUCCUUGAAACGGAGUAUGCAACAUGUAUGAUGUGCAGUGGUUUUUAUAGCAACAAUUUUGGUCAGCCAAUUUGUGGGACAUGUCACUUAUUCUUAUUUUCAUAUGAUAUUAACAAAGAUGAGGAUGAACAAGAAGUCUACACGGAGAAAGCUGACUCUGAUGAUUCUGGCAAUGAAGAACCAGAUGCUGCUGCUGAUUUCUACACAAAGAAAGACAAAAGAGUUAAUGUUAUCAAAUCUCAUUCGCACAAAAUGGACAAACUCACGGAACGUAUUUCUUCAUUAACUAUUGCUCGGGAUUCAGACAAAGAAUGCAUUCCAGAGGGGCUUGUUGAUUCUUUACCACCUGAAGUUUUAUUGGUUGUAUUCCGACAUUUAGAUGAUAUUUCUCGAUGGAUGGCAGGGAAUGUUUGUUCUCGAUGGUGGCAAAUUUUAGAUGCAGAAACCACUCAGACUCAGUGGGAACAUUUUAUUAGGCUUCGGUGGCCACUUUUCCGGCCAAAUUACAAAGUCAAAUGUUGGAAAACGAUAUAUUCAAAAUUAUUAGAAAGCUCCCCUUGCAGAUAUUGUUUAGAAAGUAUGAUGCUACAGAGUACACCUCCUAUCAAAGAGAACUCAUGGCGACACAGACGAUUACGUAGUGAACUAAAAACUUUAAAGACAGAUCCUCCAGAAGGCAUUCAGGCCACCCCAUUAGAUCAAAACUGUUGCCAUUGGCAAGCAUCGAUCACUGGACCUCAGGGGAGUCCCUAUGAAGGUGGGCAGUUCCUGCUUUAUUUGCAAAUUCCUGACAGUUAUCCAAUGAAGCCUCCAAAAGUGAGAUUUAUCACAAAAAUCUUCCACCCUAACAUCAGUCGACAUGGAGACAUUGGUUUGGAUUCAAUUCACCACAACUGGAGUCUAGCACUGACCAUUUCUAAAGUUCUUAUCAGCAUCCAGUCUUUACUGACUGAUCCUUACUGUCAUGUUUGUAUGGAACCCACUAUAGGACAGCUUUAUGUCAAUGAUCGAAAUGAAUUUGAGCGAAUAGCUCGGCUCUGGACAUGGAAAUAUGCCAUGCACGACUAUCUCAUGCCUACUGAUAUAAAUAUGAAUGGCGUUUGA